GCAGCGACGGCCAAAAUAGAAUCUAAUAAUAACAGCAGAACUUUUUUUUUUUUCUGAGGAGCCCCAUUCAUGGUGGAGGAAAGCUACAUAGAUGGCCACCUCGGCCCGGUGUUUGAUUACGCCGAGCCGCUGUCGCUGCCCAUCGUCGCCCGCAUUCUCCACGAGAAGCGCAUCGGAGCCGAGGAGACCGACAAGUCGAAGGGCGUCCUCAUUCAAUCGUGCUGCGAGGCGGUGGACAUUUUGCAGGAGGACUGCGCCCCGGAGAGUGUGGUGAACACCCUGCAGUCGCGACGGCUGCGCGUCCGCGCGGAUGGAGGCCACUCCGCCAAUGCUCACCUGGCAGACUUGUCGGUGGAUGAGAACGGUUACGCCAUCAUGCCGGCGGAGGGAACUGCCGGCGCUUCUGCUGCUGCUGCUGCUGUCGCAUCGGUGACCUCGCGUGCGGAGCGCAUGAAGCCGUUUGAGGUGAUUGCCUUGACGACGCUGCGGCCCACCUCGACGAGGGAGGCGGUAGAGCUGAUUCCGUCUCUGUACCGCUUCGAGGAUGCGGAGCUCGAUGACGUGCUGGGGCUCAUAUCGUACUAA